ACCUUGGUAAACAGUGUUUGUUUUGAAUGUGCUUAUUAUUGUUGUAAAUCAUUGUUGCGAGAAGUUGUGUAAUCUGAAGAAAUUUGGUGAAGUGUAGUUUAAGGAUUUUUACUGCGUUGGUCGGUUAUUGUUGGAUUGAUACUAAUUUUUGUUCUAGGCUAUUUCAAAAUAAUCUUUACAGUAACCUAUUUCGGCUACCGGCACGGAUAAUGUUACUAAGUAGAAACUGUAAUGUUUACUUUUAAAAAUUAAAUAGUGUUGUGUAAUUUGGAAAAUGACGUCAUACUUGGAUGACCUGUGCGGCUCUCAGUUUUGGGAUGCCAAUGUAACAUGGCACACAGAAGACCCAGACCUGACCCCGUGUUUUGAGAAGACUGUCCUGGUGUGGCUUCCUGGACUGUUUUUGCUCUUGUUUGUCCCAGUUGAGUUCUGCAGCCUGAGAAACAGCAAGGCAAAACACAUACCUUGGUCAUGGCUGAAUAUCUCAAAGAUAGUGGUGGUCACACUGCUAAUGGCUGUCAGUAUUGCAAACUUGCUGUACAAAACGCAACAAGCGGAAGUUUAUCCAGCUGAUUAUGCAGCUCCAACUGUCCAGCUUGUGAUUUUCAGUGUUAUAUUGACUCUAAUCCUGCUACACAAGUCCAAUGGACAACGGAUAUCUUACGCCCUUUUCUUCAUCAGCCUUGUGCUAGUUAUCUGCCAAACUCCUCAGAUAUACUCAUUUAUCAGAGCAUACAUCAAUGGUACAUUACAGGAUGCUGUUACAACUUCACUGAAUGUGACAGUCUACAUACUGCAGCUGAGUUUCUUCUUUCUAAACUUUUUCUGCGACAAGGCUCCAACUUACAAUGAAUAUCCAGCGCAAGAGAAACCCAGUCCCGAGAUAUCAGCGUCGGUUCCCUCCAGACUUACAUUGUCGUGGUUCACACCGACAGUUAUGCAAGGAGCUCGUAAACCCCUCAGUGCCGAGGACAUGUACAGUCUCAAUCAUGAGAACUCCUGCAGGAUCAUCGUCCCGGAGUUUGAAGGGCGGUGGGAGGCUUCACUACAGCAAGUACAACGCCCCAAGGUGUCCUAUGACAAGCGUUCCUCUAAGAUUGGGUUCUACCGCCCUGUUCGUCCGCAAGCUUCCAUCCUACCUGCGCUUCUCCGGACAUUUGGACCAAUGUUCCUUGUAGGAUCUUUCUUCAAGUUCGCUCAGGAUCUUAUCCUCUUUGCCAACCCACAACUACUCAAAUUACUCAUCCAGUUUGUAUCAAGUGAUGAGAGCCUGUGGAAGGGCUGUAUGUAUGCAGCGCUCAUGUUCUUAACGACCAACGUACAAAUGUUUUUUCUCAACCGUUACUUUCUCACCAUGAACUUUGUUGGAGCUCGGAUCAACACUGGGCUCAUUUCUACAAUUUACAAAAAGUCAUUGAAGCUGUCCAAUGCUGCUCGUAAGCAGUCUACAGUAGGUGAGAUAGUCAACCUGAUGGCUGUAGAUGCUGCCUCCUUCCAACAGCUGAUGCAACAUCUCAACUUGGUCUGGUCUGCUCCAAUGCAAAUUGUACUCUCACUGUACUUCCUGUGGCAGCUCCUAGGGCCAGCUGUGUUGGCAGGCCUGACUGUCAUGAUCCUGAUGGUCCCACUCAAUGCUUGGAUGGUCAGACAAAACCGCAGGUUGCGCAUCAAACAGAUGAAACACAAAGACGAGCGAAUCAAAACUAUGAAUGAAGUUUUGUCUGGAAUAAAAGUCUUGAAGCUUUAUGCUUGGGAACCUAGUUUUGAGCAAAAGAUUACUAAAAUAAGGCAAAAAGAAGUCAGAGUGUUGAAAACAGCUGCAUACUUCAACUCUUUCAGUAUGUUUGCCUUCUCAAUGACUCCGUUUCUGGUAGCGUUGGUGUCAUUUGCAACUUUUGUACUGUAUGAUGACCGCAACAUUUUAGAUGCGGAGAUUGCAUUUGUGUCUCUGUCUCUUUUCAACAUUUUGAGAUUUCCUUUAAACAUGCUGCCACAAGUUCUUAACAGCAUUGUUUCGACAGCUGUAUCAAUCAAGAGAAUCAACAAGUUCUUGAACAAUGAAGAACUAGAUACCAAAUCAGUGUCUCACGACCCAUCAGAACGUGAUGUGGUGGUAGUUGAGAAUGGGACAUUUGCCUGGGAUGGAAGUGACGACAACUCAGUGGUGCUGCGCAACAUCAAUCUGCGCGUGUCUCCGGGCCAACUUAUCAUGGUGGUCGGCUCUGUCGGCUCUGGCAAGUCCUCCCUGUUGGCGGCCAUCUUGGGUGAGAUGGACAAACUGUCUGGCCGAGUGAAUACUAAGGGGAACAUAGCUUAUGUCCCACAGCAGGCUUGGAUGCAAAACGCGACUCUGAGGAAGAACAUCACCGGACCAUCUGAGUUUGACAAGACAGCGUUCAGACGAGUGGUCAAGUCUUGUGCACUGGAGCAGGACAUAGGCAUCCUGCCCGGAGGGGACUUGACUGAGAUAGGAGAGAAGGGUAUCAACUUGAGUGGUGGCCAGAAACAGAGGAUCAGUCUGGCCAGAGCUGUCUACAGUAAAGCUGACCUUUAUUUGCUGGAUGAUCCACUGAGUGCAGUGGAUGCUCACGUAGGAAAACACAUCUUUGAAAAUGUCAUCGGACCUAAAGGCGUCCUGCGCAACACGACAAGGGUGCUGGUGACUCAUGGGGUGGGUUUCCUCCCGGAAGCGGAUCUCAUAGUCGUGGUGAAGGACGGACAAAUCUCCGAGAGUGGAACAUACAAACAACUUGUCCGCAACAAGGGCGACUUUGCAGACUUCUUGCUGCAGUAUCUGGAGGAAGCUCAGGACUUGGAUAUUGUUGAUGAACUGGAUGGUAUCAAGGAAGAGUUGUUGAAGGAUGAGUCACUGAGAGACAGAUAUAUGAGAGCCAUCUCUGUGAAGAGUGAAGAUGCUGGCAAAACACCGAAACUUGAGAGGCAGAUGUCAAAGGAAUCUACAAAGUCCAAUGGCUCCGCUGUCAGUUGCUCUAAAAACUCAAUAAACAAGGAGGGUUCUGACGAACCUGAGAAGCAAGACAAGAAGAAACUCAUGACAGUAGAGGAAUCAGAAACUGGAAAUGUAAAGUUCAAUGUGUUUGUGUACUACAUGAGAGCUAUCGGAAUGUGGAGGUCCAUGCUGGCGAUUGUGGCAGUGUUCCUGUACCAGGGCUUCACAGUGACCACCAACUUGUGGUUGAGUGAGUGGUCCAGUGACCGCAGUGUCGUGGUCAACGGAACACAAGACAUCUCCAAGACACAUAUGUACCUGGGCGUCUACGCUGGUCUCGGAUUUGCUCAAGCUCUAUGUAACGUGGUGUCCAAUAUCACCCUCUCGCAAGGUUGUCUGAUUGCGGCUGCAUGGCUACAUCUCACCAUGCUGAACCGCAUCGUACGAGCUCCCAUGAGCUACUUUGACACAACACCUCUCGGUCGGAUCGUCAACCGGUUCAGUCGAGACAUUGACGUAUGUGACUCCAUCCUCUCCUUUAGCAUUCAGGCUUUCUUGGGACUCGCUAUACAGACAAUUGCCACCAUUGGAGUUAUAACCUAUACUACACCCAUGUUCAUUCUUAUUAUCAUACCGAUCUUCAUCAUAAACUUUUCUUUGCAGCGCCUCUUUGUAGCCACCUCCCGUCAGUUGAAGAGACUUGAAUCCACAAAUAGGUCUCCAAUAUAUUCUCAUUUUGGAGAGACAGUACAAGGCGCUCAGUCAAUCAGAGCUUACGGACUACAAAAAGCGUUCAUAUCAGAGUCUGAAUACAAGCUGGACCAUUACCAGAUGUGCAACUAUCCUAACUUCAUAGCCGCAAGGUGGCUGGCAAUUCGUCUGGAAGCUGUUGGUAACUUUAUUGUGUUCUUUGCUGCGUUGUUUGCGGUGCUUUAUCGAGAAACCCUAGACCCCGGACUGGCUGGACUUUCAAUCACAUAUGCCUUGCAGGUAACCUCAUCCCUUAACUUUUUCACCCGGACCACAGCUGAUGUGGAAACGAACAUGGUGGCUGUGGAGAGGAUCAAGGAGUACACCCAGAUAUCCCAGGAGGCUGCCUGGACAGUGGAGCCUGUUCCUGAAGCCUCAUGGCCAGACCAGGGCCAAAUAGAGUUCCGGGACUACAGAGUCCGGUACAGGGAAGGUCUGGAACUUGUUUUGUCCGGAGUCACCUUCACCAUAUUGCCCGGAGAGAAGGUGGGUAUUGUGGGGCGUACUGGAGCUGGCAAGUCCUCACUUACUCUGGCUCUGUUCCGUAUACUGGAGGCCGCUGGUGGUGCCAUCUGUAUUGAUGGGAAGAACAUUGCUGCUGUCGGGCUGCACGACCUACGAGGUCGCCUGACCAUCAUACCUCAGGACCCUGUGUUGUUCUCGGGAACUCUACGCAACAAUUUGGAUCCAUUUGACUUGGCCUCAGACCAAACCAUCUGGAAAGCCUUGGAACUCUCCAACCUCAAGUCGUUUGUCACCUCUCUCCCCUCAGGGUUGAAUCAUCUUGUCAGUGAAGGCGGGGAAAACCUCAGUGUGGGUCAGAAACAGCUGAUCUGUCUGGGACGAGCGUUGCUACGGAAGAGUCGAGUGUUGGUGCUGGACGAAGCGACGGCUGCGGUGGACUUGGAGACGGAUGACAUUAUACAAAAAACCAUCCGCAGGGAGUUUAAGGACUGCACCAUACUCACCAUUGCACAUAGGCUUCAUACCAUCAUGGACUAUGACAGGAUUCUUGUGCUGGACAAAGGUAAAGUGAAGGAGUAUGAUUCACCGAACAAACUUUUACAAGAUCCAAACACUAUAUUCUACAGCAUGGCUAAAGAAUCAGGGAUAGUAACGUAACACUAUUGUUAGUACAUUGUGUACAGUACUUACUUUAGGUUAAGUUUUAAGAAAGCGCCAAUUGGCUGAUUAAGGAUUUUUUUAUAACAGUUAUAGUCAAUUAGAGAAAAUUAAGAGCUCCGGAGCUCAAAGAAAUGCAAAUAAAGACCCUAAAUGACACAACUGUGAUGUUUAUACUUGUAUUUUAGUGAUGGUCGAAACUAUAAAUUUUGAAUCUUUAAACAAACAAAAAUUUCGAGUAAAAGCACUAUGCCUUUAGCGGGAUAGAUCUUAUGAUUUCUUUGUUUUGAUUUCAGAAUGUUGAUAAAAAUUAUAAAUUUUGAACUUGGAAUCCAAUGAUAUAAAUAAAUGACACUUAAUCUAGAACUUUUUAAUAACA